AGAGUCGUUGCCUUCUUGAACAACCGUUAAAAAUUUAAACACUUUAAAUAUAAUAAGACGUUUAAAAAAAUGUUCGAUCUCAAUAUUAUCCUAAAUUAUCGACUGUUACAUUGUUGUUGUACUAGUUUUGUUAUAAAUUUCUCUCUAGUUUCAACGAUCCCAUUAAGUUAUGUUUAAUUGUUUUUAUUUUAUCGAAAAAAUAAAAUAUAUAAUCAUUCGGUUUUCGUCUAUAUAGUACACUUGAUGUAUUUUGUUUUCAUUAAUUUUAACUAGUGUUAAAAGUGUUCCUACUUGUUAGAUAUAACAUAAAUUUUUUUUUUUAUCCUCGUUUUGAAAUUAGUGCGAUUAUGGCGAUCAGAGGAGAAGUAGAGUAUAUGGAUAUUUCGUUAAAUUCAGAGACCAAUGAUACAACAUCAUAUAGGAAAAUAUUUCACAUAAACCGAUCUCCAACUCCCGUUAAACCACCUCGUCACUGGUGCAUGUCCACUGAACUUUUGCGCUCUCAGUACAAGACCCAUAAUGGACAAAAACCAAAAGUAUAUAAUCCUUUUAACGAUAAUUUAAUGCAACGGCUUGGUGAGACAACAAUUAGCCCUACAGUGUUUGCAAAUGCUAUUAGUCCUGGCCAAGAAAACCAUUUUGGUUGGAAUAUAGAUGAUCUUUCCAAAAUAAAUCCAGCACAUAUAGAAGAUGAAUGUAUGGUUGAUGAGGACCAUCUUGAUGAUGAAACAGAAUCCAAGUUACAAGAAACCAUUGACAAAUAUUUUUGUUCUACACAUAAAGUUCCUAGCCCAUGGAAUAAUCAAAUUGUUGAUUGGGAAUCUCAUACUAAUUCUUCAUCUACUCCUGCAUCAAUAAAAAAAAAACCAAAAUCUAUUAUCAAUUGUCGUGAAGUUUCAACACAAACAAACUUAAGUUUUCCUUACAAGUUACCUGAUCAUAUUGAAGAAAUACUGAAACCAUAUUUCUUGAACUCGACUGAAACAAAUGUCAGUGAAAUAAGUCCUACCAAAGAUAAUUCAACUUUACGACGAAAAUUAUUUUUUAUGAAUGACAAAGAUGACCCAAUUUCUCCAGUAGAAAUGCAUAAAAAUCAAUGUAUUAGUCCAAUUAAGAGUCGUUUUAUCAAUUCCACCAAUGCUAAAGGUCCUGUAUUUGGAAAUCACUUAGGCAUACAAGAAUUACCAAAAGACUGCCAUAUCCCUGUUGAUAUAUCCCCAAUAAUUAAUAAUUGUAAUAUGAACAAUACUCCGCCAAAGACUAAAAGUGGAGAUUUUAUUUUCACUACCCCUGUGUCAACUUUGUCAAUGCCCAAACGACGUCGUAUUAAUAAAACCAGCUUAAUGAUGGAAAGUAGCUCAGAUACUGGAUAUCAAACUAUGACUAUGAGCAUUAAGGACACGUCCAGUAUGACAUCGUUUGGACAAAAUUCCAAAAAUGUUAUGUUUAUUGCAUCUACACCCACUGAACGAUGACAUUCAAAUAAUGGUAUCAAUUUUUUUUUUUUAAAUCGUUCAUUUGCAAUACUUAAUAUUAGGUACAAAUAUUUUAAUUUAUAAUUUUUAAUUCAGUGGACAAUUUUCAAGUCAACUGUUAAUAUGGCUAUAUUUCUAUCCCUAAUAAAAUAUUAUUGUAAUUAUUUUACUUUUAUAUAAGGGGAUCAAAAUUAUAAUCCUAUUUAUUUUGUUUU